AUGUGUUGGCGCAGCCACGACGUGCAUGGAGUGUCACGAUGGCACAGUCAGCUGUGGCUGGUGGAAUAUUUACUUCUCGGAGGCAACAGAGAGAGAGAGCUGCUGCUGCUGCUGGCGUCGUUGCUGCCUUUUGUGGCUUCCCAUGCCGAUUAUUGUCUGUCCGCUGAUCAUGGGUGGCAUGCCUCCACUAGUGACGUCGUCUGCAGGCAUUUCACAGCACCAGUGAAACACACAUCACGUCGCAUGCUUUGGCUGUGGAUAUGGUGUCGUGCAUGCAGCCGGCAUUAUUUUGCCCGACUCCUUUUCACUGUCUUGCGACAAAUAGAUGCGUCGCCGCCCGAGUCAUUCACUGCAGCUCCGUGUGCUGUGCUGCCAGCACAAUACUCUCUUGUUGUCUGGCGCCUGGCUGACAGUCAAGCACCACUGCGUUGGGACAUGCAAGGAUGUGGACUGCCGCUCACGGUGUUGGGCACCGCUGUUUGGAUGCGGCGGCCACACGAGCGGAUGUAUUGUGGCACAAUCAAAUGCGUGAAAUACGCGGAAUCACAGCGGCUGCAAUAUUAUCGACGGUGUGGCACCACGGGGAAUGUGUGA